AUGCGGGGAGUCACUGCAGCCUGCCGCUCCCCCUCCCGCAGCUCUCGCGAGGCGAAGAAGCCCUCGCCACGUACUCAGACUGCUGCCGCUAGCGCUUCUGCUCCUCGGGCUCCUCCGUACUUGACCAAGGCUUACGACUACACGCGGGAUUUCCUGCUGUCGCUUGAGUCCAUUAAAGAGCUCAGAGACCCCGCAAUUCGCGCCGCAAUGCUCGCACUCAAAGAUCUAGAACCUGUUCAGCCAGGCUCCCUCUUUGGCCACAAGCACAUCAAGGUGCGACUCUGCUCCCCUGCCGCCUUCUUGAACUGCUUCCUCGUCGCUCGCCCUGCGGAUCGACUGCGUGGGCCCGCGGGGUCUGUGCGGCAGCCGCGCACAGGUGUCCACUGCCCAUGCUGCGGUGUACGUACAGCUGGUUGCGGCUGCGCUCCGGUCUCUUCAGGUGUUAUCUUUGUGGAAGCGAACGAACGGACGCUGGAGCCUAUUCGUCCACACGCUGGAGGUUCCACAAGGACACAAUCCAACGGUUGGUCAGCUGGGACGGAUUGGCAGAGUGAGGGAGAUAGUGUGGAAGAAAGAGAUGGUCCCAAGCAGGGAAGUGUCAGCGCAUGCACUGCAAGAUGUGCAGAUACAGUCACUAGCGGCGCGCUUGCUGCCAGGUGUCAGCCAGACUCCAAGGCUUCGUACACGUGGGGUGCUCGGCCUACAUCGUUGGAGAGGCACGUUUCAGAUGAAGCUGAGCCGUACAGCGACGGCCCUGUGGCGUACAGCUUUGAGUCUCCUUACAAGACGAGUUUUAUACAGGAGGUGCAGAUUCCCAAUGGGUCCAACCCAACGCUUUACCGCUUUGCGCAUUUGUUCAUGCGACAAGCGCUCCAUUCCAUGCAGCAGUGCAGCUUGUCUUCGUGGGCUUUAGUGCCCUCGUUCGCAGCGAUCGCGAAGGACGAUGCAGGGAAGGUGCAUGUGCUGCCCAUAGUUGAUUUGGGUACUCCGUUAAGGGCCCUGGGGUGGGCAGCCAGGGAGGCGGAGAUGGAGAGUGGCAAGGAGACGACCGUGAAUUUGGUUCUGUUUCUGCAAAAUAUCCUAAAAUCGGAAGUCAAUGCAUGUGCUGCCGGUGUGGGUGACGGCGUCCUGCACUGGACUGCUGGUCAAGACAUGCAAGCGGAAGCUCAUCGAGUUGCACUUCACCAACACCAAGACGAAUGUGCGAGACGCCCUGUCGGCUCUGCGAUCUUCGAUGCACGUCAAUCCAAGGCAGCAGGGCCCCUCGAUGUGCUUCGUGGGCAAGGCCAGGCUGAAGCGCAAAACGAGUCGCCUUCUCCUGCCAGGAAAUCCUUGGCGAGAAAUCCCCUCGAGCACCCUGCUCCUAGACAUUACACGUCUGCAGCAAGGCGUGUUGCUCGCCCCCGCCACGGGGAUGCUGACGCGCGCAUCUACAACAGCUCGCACCGUGUGCCCUAG